UGUCAUCCAUUCAGCGCCACAUUCAUUUCAAUUGUUCGGCUCCAGUUCAAGGCUUAGUUGUAAAUCAAACGCCUCACCAUCAAAUACGUGACAACUAGCGGGCGAGCCAACGAGUGACCAUUGCCGUGGUGAAGCAUCAACAUGGAGUUCACAUUUAAUUUCAGUGCCAAAAUGCUGUUUGACGAUUUCUGUUUGAAAAUCUAUUUCUGGCCAUUUCUUUCGUAUUUGGCCAACAUCAAGGGAAUUUGUCCGGUGUAUCCACCGCCACCGGGGUCACCAAUACCACCUACAUUUAUACCACCCUACACCACCAUUCCCACAUAUCAGCCAACACCACCGACAUCUGCAAUGCCACCUGUCACCACACUGCCACCAUGUCCUGCCGUGCCUUUGGUAUGUUUGGCGAAUGGAGAUCGGCCCAUCCCCUAUUGUCCUUGUAUAGAUCCACGACAACAAAUGUCUGCCCAACAGCAGCAGCAGCAGCAGCAGCAGCAGCAGCAACAACAACAAAUGGCCAUGAUGAGCCAACCCAUUGCACCAGCCAGUCAGCCAGUCAUGAUGAGUCAACUGACCAUCAGUCAUUCCAGCAAUGCUGCCGCCAGUCAGCAACCAACCCAAACCUUGAUGACCGACCAGUUAAUGACCAGUGACCAAUUAAUGGCUCUACAACAACAAAUGAAUGAACAACAAACAUCCGGUCAGCCGAUGACAAGUGAACAUUUGGUGGAAAUGUUGGACACACAAAGUUUAGAGUUACGAUCAGCAGCAGCAGCGGCAAAGGCACAAACUUCGAGUGCGGGUUCCGGUUCGGAAAUGAUGAUAUUUUCCCAUUUGCCAGCGGCAAAUAGCAAAAGGCGAAGACGGCGUUAUGUUGAAAAUUAAGGAUCCAACAGAAAAAAAAAUGUGCAGUGUUUUAUUGU